AUGUCGCAUAAUAUCCUGAUCACUGGCGCUUCCGGAUAUUUAGGCGGAACCGUCCUUGCCCGCUGGGAACGAGCCAGACUUACUUCCUACCACACGCUUUACGCUCUCGUUCGCACGGAAGAGCAAGGCGAAGCAGUCCAAAAAUAUGGCGCCAAACCUAUCUCCUUCGACAUCAAAGAUGAAGUUAGCAUUAGAAAUGCAAUCGUCGAAAACGAGAUCACCGUGGUCUAUUUUCUCAUUGACGCCAUGACCUCAGUGUCUCAAAUUCCGAUGAUCAAGGCACUUGCGGAAGUGAAGGAGAAAACUGGAAAGGAUGUCCACUUUUUGCAUACAUCUGGUGCUAAGAUUUUUAGCAACCAUGCUGGGCUUCCGACGGAUCGGCCUAUUCUAGACAAUGACCCUGAGCUCUAUGGAUUGCAGAAGAGUUCUAUUGCAAAAUACGACCUGGUGCAAAAGGCACUAUCUACAAACAAUAACGUGAUAGACACAGCGGACGCACAUGGUGUGAAAAGUUACAUCUUCGUCCCGUGCAUUGUGUAUGGAGAAGGCGAAGGAUUUGGGAAUUCGAUAUCUAUUCAGACUGUCGCCAUUGUUAAAGCUGCCAAAGCUCUUGGACGAGUUUACCGCCCUGAUCCCGAAGACUAUAGCUGGCCUGUCAGCCAUGUCGCAGACACCGCCAAUCUCUAUCUGGAAAUUCUGAGAGGCAUCUUGAGUGGAAAGGAGAUUGGGCACGGACGGAAUGGCUAUUAUUUGGGCGCAAGUGGAAGCAUGUCUUGGAAUGAUAUUUACCGCGCAAUGGCGACUGCUCUCGCGGAGCGAAAGGUGAUUGAAACCGACAAGGUGAAGUUGGUGGAUGCCCCAGCUCAAGCCGAAAUGGGUAAGGCGCUUGGAUGUCCGAAGGAAAUGGUCCCACUCUUUCUAGGCGGAAAGUGUACCCUCGAGGCUCAUCAUGGGCGCGAAAUUGGCUGGGUUCCUCGGCAUCCACCAGAGCAUAUUCUUGAUAUGGCUGAUGCAGAGGUUGAUUUGAUCCUUAGGAAUAUAUAA